UGGUGCGUUCAGGGUCUGCCCAGGUGUGCCCAGGACAGUUCCAGGAUGGCUCCAGGUGUGCCCAGGUGUGUCCAGGGUAGCUCCAGUUGUGCCCAGGUGUGCCCAGGACAGUUCCAGGAUGCCCCCAGGAGUGCCCAGGUGUAUCCAGGAUGCCCCCAGGUGUGCCCAGGACAGUUCCAGGAUGCCCCCAGGAGUGCCCAGGUGUCCCCAGGAUGCCCCCAGCUGCCCCCAGGUGUAUCCAGGAUGCCCCCAGGUGUGCCCAGGAUGCCCCCAGGUGUGCCCAGGAUGCCCCCAGGUGUGCCCAGGUGCCCUCAGUCCAGGAAGCCCAGGUCCUCGUCGCGCAGCCGCUCCCUCAGCCAGGGCAGCACCUCGAAGACGCUGACGUGGAAAUCGCGGGCGAAGGAGGGGCGGCGGGGCAGGUCACAGGUGGAGACCACGCCCCAGCUGACCACGCCCACCUGGGGACAGGGAAACACCCACCCGGGGUCACCUGGGGUCAGGGACCACGCCCCAACUGACCACGCCCACCUGAGGACAGGGAAACACCCACCCGGGGUCACCUGGGGUCAGGGACCACGCCCCAGCUGACCACGCCCACCUGGGGACAGGGAAACACCCACCCGGGGUCACCUGGGGUCAGGGACCACGCCCCAGCUGACCACGCCCACCUGGGGACAGGGAAACACCCACCCGGGGUCACCUGGGGUCAGGGACCACGCCCCAGCUGACCACGCCCACCUGGGGAUGGGGGGAACACCCACCCGGGGUCACCUGGGGUCAGGGACCACGCCCCAGCUGACCACGCCCACCUGGGGACAGGGAAACACCCACACGGGGUCACCUGGGGUCAGGGACCACGCCCCAGCUGACCACGCCCACCUGGGGACAGGGAAACACCCACCCGGGGUCACCUGGGGUCAGGGACCACGCCCCAGCUGACCACACCCACUCAGGGUCACCCAGAGGUCAGCUCCGCACCUGG